AUGCAGCGCCGCGACUUUUCAACCCAGGUAGUGGAUGUCAAGCCGCACGCCUCGCUCGUGGCGGUCGCCUUCCCGCGUCUCAUCUGCGUGUGGUCUGACUUCGGCCAGCAUAUCCCACGGUGCGAGUCUGGACCUCUGCCGGGAGGCACGCUCGCUGCCAGUGACGCGCUGCAGCAGCUAGCUUGGCAUCCGAGCGGAGACAGGCUCGCCGCGUUGACGCGACACGCCCAGGUGAUCAUUUUCGUCCUCGAUGACGAUCCUGCCGGUGGUAACAAACUGCGCCUGCUCCGCGUCCCCGCCGCACCUGGUCCACUCGGCGGUGGCGCCAGCCUCGCCGUUCCGCCGCUCGGCGAGACCUCGAUGGGCGGAGACGGCGGCGGUUUGCUUGUUGGGGCGGGCGGCCCCACGUCCUUCACGGCUUGGAGCUGGGGCGGUGACUCCAGGCCAGCCGGGCGCUUCACGGCGGCGGUGCAAGCCGCCCUCGGCACGGCUGCGGCCAGCCCUCCUCCGGCCUUUGGCGAGGAGGAGGGCGGUGGCGGCGGUGUCGCCGGCUCGCAGCGCCGAGUUGGGGCGGCGCCCAGCAGAGGGCGCGUCCCUGCCGCCGUUGUGCGGAGGGGCGCCACCUCGGCCGCUCCUCGGUCCGGCCCUGCGACGCCGUUGAGCAGCCCGACGCCGUCGGCAGACCCGUCGCCCGCCGCGGGACGAGUCGGCGGCUCGGCGGCCGGCGAGUGCGUCGUCGGCUGUGACGACCUCGCCGUCUGCUCUCGUGCAGGCGUGUGCGUCGUCGUCGCCGGCGGCGGCGCGGCUCUCCUCUGGCACGCUCCGCUCGUUGUGCUCUUUGCGCUCCCUCCCGCCGCCCCCACGGGCGCCUCUGCCGUCAUCGCACCGGCUGCUACCCUCUCUUUGGCUCCGUGGGGCAUCGGCGAGCGCAUGUCCGGCCCGGUCGGCGCACUGGCCUUCUCCUUCGACGGCGGCCGUCUGGCCGUCGGCUGGCGCGGACCGCGGGGCGGGCUGGCGGUCUUCUCCUCGGCUGGCGCGCUGGUAGCCGCGUGGCCAUCGGUCACUGCGCAGCAGCCGGCGGGCGGGGCACCGAGUGCGCCGCCAAGAGAGGGGCCUUUCGGAGGCGCCGGGUCCGCGUGUGGCACGUCUGCCGGGGGAGGAGGGCUUGCUGGAGAAGGGCGGCUCGACCCGACGGGGCCGCACCCCGCUGCAGUGACGGCCGUCGCUUGGGCCGGGGAGGACGCGUCGGUCUUCGUCGGCAGCCGGAUUUGCGUCUCCAGCGCCGCGUCUGGCGCAUGCGGUAGCGGCGCGGGCAGCGCGGCCCUCUGUGCGGAUGUCUUUGCGGAUGGCCUCUCCGCGGAUUGCAGUUGUGCCGGCGAGCGGCACAGCGUGUUUCGCUUCGACCCGAGCGCUGCGGGGCCGGGCCUGCUGCGGCGCGGCGCCGUGUCUCCUGACGGCCGGCGCGUCGCGCUCGCCGCCGCGCGUGGAGUGGCCGUUCGCCGCAUCGACGAGGCCGAGAUGUUACCGGCGGAUUGGCGCGUGGCUUUCGACCCUCCGGCGCGCCGCGCUCGCCCUGUGGCAUCGGCAAGCGCCGCGUCGCUGUGCGUGGAAGAGCUGCGCUGGCUGGAGGAGGAGGACGGCGCUUGCGACGUGCUGCUCGCCAUCGGUCGGCCGUCGGCGGGGGUGGAUCGGCCCGGCGUGCGGCGGCCUGGCACGUGGGGAGUCAGCGACGCUUUGGCGUCGGUUGGAUUCGCUGAGCCCCUGCCGACACCAGACACGUAUGCCGCUCGGCACGCCGGGACGGGCCCGCUCGAGCUGCGUGCGCUCGAUUGCGGCACCAUGCGUUUGUUGCUGCAUUUGCCGCUGCCCGUUCGCGGUGUGGUCUGGGGCUGCUCUAGCGUUCCUGCUGCGCCGUCCCUCCUCGCCUUGGGCUGCGAGCAGGACUCUGGCGCGCAGGCAAUCUGCCUUGUCACCAUCACGCGCUCGCCUCCCGCGAGGCUCCACGCACAAGCCGUGCGGCGCACGCCGCUCCUCGAGCUGCUCCUGCUGUCUAGCGACGGCCGCCUCUCGCUGCUGCGCUUCGCCACUUCGUGCGGGGGUGCAGCAGCGCCGUCGCGCACGCCUCUCGUCGAGCCGAUUUGGCCUGCCGCAUUGCCGCGGUCGCAGCGCGUGCAUCAGUGUUGGCACUUAGCGGGCGCGGCGUGGGCCGAGGAGGAGCGCAGCACGUGGUUUUACAGAUGGGACGGUGGCGGACUCACUGCUUCGACGCGCCCUGGCGAGGAGGACCGCGAGGUCGAGGCGGUCGUCGCGAGCGGUCCCGGAAGCGUGCACCUCACCGAGUGGCAAGGCGAGUCGACGGUGACGUGCGAGAUUCCCCUGCUGCCUCAGCAGCGUGAAGUGGCGCCCGUCGCUAUCCUCCCCGACUGCCACGCGCUCAUCGGCAUCGGCCCGCCAGAGCUCAACGCAGCUCAGCUAGGGCCGCCUCUGGUGGCGCAGCCGCUGCUCCACCGCAGCUUGCGGUGGCUCCUCACACACCAGCGACGCGCGGCGGCAGAGCGCCUCGCGCGCGGCCCGGGCUGUUUCCGCCGCCGCCAUUGCCUCGAGCGGUUACUGCACGAGGCGACGGUCGAGGCGCACAAGAGCUGCCCUCUAGGCGAGGGGGCGCGGCCGCUGCUCUCAGACGUCGCGCUGCUGCUGCUGCGCGCACUCCUUCCGGCGGAGCGUUCGCGCGUGAUAGCAGGCUGUGCGCCCUUGUCGGAGCCCUCUCACUGGCCAGUUCUGUUUCGGGCUUGUGGCACCCCCGACGAGCUGCUCAGGGCAUCACUCGCUGCCGGAGACACUCGAGGAGCAAUGCUCUUGCUGCUGCCAGUGCUCGUCGAGUGCGGCGUGUCUCAGUGCGAAGCCGCGUUGCGGGCGGUCCGGCAGGCUGCCCUGUCUGCGGGCCAGCCACAGACGAUCGCCGACGUCGAGCGGUUCGAGCGACGGCUCACGGCCGCCGGGGCCGGACGCGAAGCGGUCGUUUCUUAGUGGACAGUGUGGGCUUGAGUGCGCUUUAUUGGCCUCGCGCUUAUAUGUGACCCGUCUGUGCUUUGAAACUGUGUGUUGCAGAGCUUUAGUUACAUGCACAUGCACCUAGCAGACCAAAAAACAUAUUU